UCCUUAUCUAUCCCUGGAACAUCCGUUUAAUAGCACGGCAAAGGGGAGACCCAAAGGACAAUACUUUGCACGGAAUGUCAGGACCCCGAGCACAGAAACAACGAUGUGGGGGAUGAGGGUCAUAAAAGGAAUGAACGGGGAGAAAAAUGACUCCUUCGGUUGUGUGUCAAUGUUUAUACUGUAUCAGAAGGAGAGAAAGUGGCAAUUGAGGCAAAGAGCAUUGACUGGCAACGGUUCCUGGUAAUAAUGAAGAAUAAUAAUGAUGAUGAUGAUCACGAUGGUCAAACAGAGAAGUGCGUGUCGGGGCGCAGGCACGUAGGUCCUAAGUGGUACGGAAAUAUAGCUCCCACUGCACUUGUAGUGGGUGGGCUAUAAAAGGCCUGACCGCCAAAGAGGCACGCUUCAUUCGACCGACAUCGUCCCCGAAAAGGGAAAGCUCCACGGAACCGACAGAACCGACUAAACAGAACCGACAGACUCACGAAGCUCGUCAGAGGAAAUCAUGAAACAAAUCAGACUGCCAGAAGCCAAGGCGGCAAAACAAAUUUAGUGUAACAAUAGCAACUGCCGACGACGGAACACGGAGACCGGAAAAGUGAGAGGCCCCGAGAAGUGCGUGCAUAUAUACAUACUAUACGUAUCCGUACCCGAGUUUACGCAUCCGGGGGAGCAUGUGUGCUGGCAUACGCCUUCCUUAAAUUAUAAAUAAGCGAAGAGCAAAUGCCGCGUGGAUAAAUUUAAAACUCUUUAAGAGGUGCGGACAAACGCGAUUUGAUGCUGGAGAACUGAAAGCGAUUCAGUUAGUGGAUAGGAACGAGGCGGAAAGCAAUAUAAAGAAAACUUUAGCGAAAGCAAUUUGGUCGAUAGACAGGUCUUAGGGAAGCGCAAACAUCCACACCCACCGCCAUCAUGUACGGAAUGCUGUACGAGAGCGUACAGCACUACAUCCAGCAGGAGUACGGGAUGGAGACCUGGAGGAAGGUCUGCCAGAUAGUAGACUGCAAGCACCAGAGCUUCAAGACGCACCAGAUCUAUCCGGACAAACUGAUGCCGGUCGCAGCAGCCCUAUCGGCGAGCACUGGAGAAUCCUUUGACUUCUGCAUGAACUUCUUUGCGUGUUUCGUCCGCUUCUUUAGUAACUUCGGCUACGACAAGAUGAUUCGCUCUACGGGACGGUAUUUCUGCGAUUUCCUGCAGUCCAUCGAUAAUAUCCACGUGCAGAUGCGUUUCACCUAUCCCAAGAUGAAGUCUCCCAGCAUGCAGUUGACUGCCAUGGAUGAUGAUGCCGUGAUUCUGUAUCGCAGCGGGAGAACUGGUAUGUCCAAGUAUCUUAUUGGCCAAAUGACGGAGGUGGCCAAGGAAUUUUACGGGCUGGAUAUGACCGCAUAUGUGGAGAGCCAGAAUGAUAUCUGGGGGCACAGCGGGUCCAUUAAACUUACGGAGGGUCCCUUAACUGUGAUUGUAAAGUAUCGUCUAGACUUUGACAAUCGCGAUUACAUGGCCAAGCGGGUGAAUGUCAUCGCUCAUCUCCAGCUCAAGAUGCCCUCGGUUGACCUAAACGUCUUUCUAGAGCUGUUUCCCUUCACCAUAGUGCUGGAUCAUGAUAUGAAAAUCACACUCGCGGGCGAGAAGAUUGUGGAAACGUGGAUCCUGCAUAAUCCUGGUGUGAACCCAAGCUUUAUUGGUAGCCACAUCAUGGAGCGUUUCAAGUGCCGGCGGCCCAAGGACACAAUCGAAUGGGAAACUAUACUGCAGAUGCGGACAGUGCUCUUCGAGUUCGAACUCAUCCGCACGGGUCACAACCGCGCCGCCUACGAAGCGGCCUUGAACUUUGACUUCGAUACCUUCGAUGAAGCCAGCAGUCUGAACGAGGCUCAGGCCAUGGCUUUGGCCAGUGCCAAGGAGUUCAGCGAGGAGAACGCCAAGGAAGAGGAAGCAGCCGCCGCCACAUCCAAGGACGAAAUCGAUCCGGCCACGGGACAGAGAAGACACUCCGUGGGCCUCCGAUCUAUACUGAAGGGUCAGAUGUUCUACAUCAAGGACGUGGACUCGCUGAUCUUCCUCUGCAGCCCUCUUAUCGAAAUGGAUGAACUGCAUGGAAUUGGUCUGUACCUGAACGAUCUGAAUCCCCAUGGUCUGAGUCGGGAGUUGGUCAUGGCUGGAUGGCAGCACUGCUCCAAGCUGGAGAUUAUGUUUGAAAAGGAAGAGCAGCGAUCGGAUGAGUGGAAAAGUCCUUGGACUGGCUGAUCGUGGAAACGGCAGGGGGAUGAGCUCCUGUACUCCAUGAUUCGGCCCAUUGCCGAGCGAAUGAGAAAGAGCGAGGAGCACGUCUGCCAGAGCUUCGAGGAGGUUUCCGUCAUAUUCAUCGAGGUGCUGAAUGUCUACGACAGCGGGUCCAAUAAUAUUCAGGAUGCCAUGCAGGCGGUGACCACCCUGAACAAGGUUUUCUCGGCACUGGACGAAGAGAUCAUCUCUCCAUUUGUGUAUAAAGUUGAGACCGUGGGCAUGGUUUACAUGGCGGUUUCGGGUGCUCCUGAUGUGAAUCCUCUCCACGCGGAACACGCCUGUGACUUGGCCUUGCGCGUGAUGAAAAAGGUCAAAGCCCACGCCCUGCCAGGAGUGGCCAUUCGGGUUGGCAUCAAUUCAGGACCCGUGGUGGCCGGAGUGGUUGGUUUGAAGGUUCCUCGAUAUUGUCUGUUCGGGGACACCGUUAACACCGCCUCGCGAAUGGAGAGCAGCAGCGAUCCCUGGAUGAUCCAGCUCUCCAACUAUACCGCCCUCAAAGUGAGAAAGGUGGGAUAUAAAGUGGAAGCGCGGGGAUUUGUUAAGGUCAAGGGAAAGGGCGAAAUGGAGACCUACUGGCUAUUGGAGGGACCAGAGUAAUAUUAUAGAUUUGUUAAUUUUUAAUAACCAGGAUGCAUAUAACAUAUAUUUAAAUAAUUAAAUGGGAAAACACCGUUUAUAUAUAAGGAUAUAACAAACAUAUUUUCAAAAUCAAAAACCUGUUGCUCGCUGCGGUAAGGUUUUUGGCAGAAUUUCCAAGUUAAGGACAACAACUCAAAUGUCUUGGCAUAAAAAUCUUUUUGGACUUCAUUUAAAAACUGUACAAUAAAAGUGGAUAAACUAUUAAAUACAAACAAAAUUUGUUUUUCUUCAAAAUAUACCUAAUAUUUGUGGAAUUUUUGUAAGGUAGGUUGG